AUGGAUGGCAUCUUCGACGCAAACAUUCUGUGCAGCUUUGCGAAGGCGCUUGCCAGCAUGGCCGCCGCCGCCGUGCACUCAUGCGCCACCUCGCGCCUGUUUGCCCCGCGCCUGCCCCUUGCGCAGCAGCGCGCGCAGCCCUCUGUUAGUGGCUCUCCCCUGCCGCAGGGUGCUUUCCAUGGGCGCGAGCGCUGUUCUGCUGACUCUGCUGCGCCCUGCAGCUCGCGGAGGCCUGAAAAGCUGAGGGGAGAUUUCUUGGGGGGUAGGCCCGUGUGUUUGGCGGAGGCUCGGCAAGCCCCCCGGCAGCGGUCAGGGGGGGUUGUGUGCUCGGGAGAGCCUGUAGGGACGAGUGCAGUAGCAGAGCUGCCAGGGAGCAGAAUAUGGAUGUCGGACGUCGUUGCUCGGCCAAAGCGGAACUACUUCUUGGACCGGCAGUGGACGUCAAAGGAUCUGAUUUACGCAGGAUUUAUGCUGUUCAUGCACGGGGCAUGCCUGCUGGCGCCCUUCACCUUCUCUUGGGACGCCUUUGCCGUCUUUACCGGGCUGUACUUCAUCACGGGGUGCCUAGGGAUUACGCUCUCCUUCCACCGCAACCUGUCCCACAAAUCCUUCAAGCUUCCCAAGCCCCUUGAAUAUCUCUUUGCCUAUUGCGGGAUCCAGGCGGUGCAGGGGGACCCAAUUGAGUGGGUGAGCAGCCACCGGUACCACCACAUUCACUGCGACACUGAAAACGACCCCCACACGCCCAAGGAAGGCUUCUGGCACUCCCAUAUGGGAUGGCUCCUUGACGACCAAGCCACACAGGACAGGGUCGGGAAGCGCACCAACGUCUCCGACAUGGAGAAUGACAAAUUCUACAAGUUUAUCCAGAAGACCUACCCGCUGCACCCUCUAGCUGCUGCAGUGGCGCUCUUUGCCUGCGGGGGGCUGCCAUACCUGGUUUGGGGUAUGGCUGUGCGCGUGGUGUGGGUGUAUCACAUCACCUGGUUUGUUAACUCGGCGUCCCACGUGUGGGGCACGCAAUCGUGGAACACGGGGGACCUGUCGCGUAACAACUGGUGGGUUGCGCUGCUGGCGUUUGGGGAGGGCUGGCACAACAACCACCAUGCUUUCGAGUACUCUGCGCGGCAUGGCCUGCAGUGGUGGCAGUUCGACCCGACCUGGUACAUCAUCCUGGCCAUGGAGAAGCUGGGCCUUGCCACCAAGGUCAAGCUGCCGCGGGCCGACCACAUGGCUCGCCUGGCGCCUGUUCAGCCGGCCGCGUAGGUGUCGUGUUGCCCUAGGUGUACCAUAAUCACCCCUAAGUCAGCCCCGGGGGGCAGAACUGUGACGAGAAAACACAUCUGGGGAGCGGAGGCCCCGGAGUUGCGGGAGAGUUGUAAGAGCGAUUGCGCUCUGCUUUCAUUUUUGGGGGAGAGUUAACGAGCGGGCCUGAGUUGAGCCUGCUCGCAUCGCAAAGGUUCCGGCAUGAUGGGCAUUGUCGAAGGCGUCUGAUUGGAGAGCAUCUCGGAGAUUGCUUUGCAAGGGCGUAGAUAGAUACGGCCAGUCGUUCGAGUAUUGGUGGUCGCUUGCUCGAGUUGUCCGGUUCUCAGGUGUCGGUGCAACGCUGUAGUCUCACGCAAAUUGCGUGCUUUCUUAGUGCUAAGAUGGCAGGUCCUUGAGGAGGCAGAUUGACAUCUCUUAUAAGGAGGUUUGCUUGAGGGGCGGGGGCCAGAGCAAGCUGGCCCCACAUUGGUCUUGUUAACCUGAGUUGCUUAUUUAGUAGAGCUAGCUAGACUGAAGUAUUCUUCAGGGACUUGACAGUCUUCAUUUGAACCGUUCUCAAUGCUCUUUUUAGAGGGAUUCAAUGUUCAUGCGGUAGUACCGUAAUAAAUCACCUUCUUGUGUGCUGCCAAAUC